GAGGUCGCCGUCCACGUGUUAAAUGUCUCUUUUUCCUAUUCAUCCACCCACUUAGACCUUAGGGACUAAGUAAUUCAUGUAGUGGUGUUCAAUGCAGUAUUUUUAAUCAUCUAAGAGUUCAGUGCUAGGUUAGCUUGUUAUGAUAAAACUUCACAUCAUCAUAUAUAAGAACCUAACUCACAACUUGCAAGUAUUUCCUACCAUACAAAUCUUGCUUCUUCUCAUUAUAUAUAACUCUCUCUACCUAUAACUUAUAAACACUUUACAGAUAGAUAGUACCAGUACUGAAUAUGAUACCAAGACCUAGAUAUGAUCAAGCUGUUAUUACAAUCACAUCACCAAUCUAACUUUGUCUUCCACUCUUCUCACCAUCACGAUCACAUUCUUCUUUCGUCAAAAUUCAGAUUCUGAGUUGCUUCAAUUUGUGCAUAUUAGAAUAUGGGUUUCAGUUCAGAACAAGUUGCUUUUAAUGGGUUUGAUUGGACGCAGAAUUUGAUACAAUCUAGUGUCCCGGAGUUCUCUAAGAACAACCCUUCUUUGAUUCUGCAACAACAACAGCAGCUUGCACAGCCAUUAAUAAAUUGCCCGCGCUGUGAUUCCACCAACACUAAAUUUUGUUACUACAACAACUACAAUCGAACUCAGCCUCGCCAUUAUUGUAAAUCAUGUAAAAGACAUUGGACUAAAGGUGGUACAUUUCGUAACGUUCCCGUUGGUGGUGCACGAAAAAAUAAACACCAGAAAACCGACGACAACAGUUCAUCCAACAAGAGCAAGAACAACAGCAACAAGAAGAGAAGAGUUGUUACUGAUUGCAGCGGAAGAAAAGGAAACAACAACUUGGUACUACAAUCUAGUGGCCUGGAGCAAGAUACUACUUCUGAGUUUCUUUACGAGUCUUUGAUAAAUCCUACGUCGACUACGGCCAGACAGCAGAAUUUUUUUAGUGUUGAAAAUAGUAAUAUCGGUGAAGGCAACAGCUUUAUGAGUUCAAGUAGUAUUCAUCCAGGACCAAUACCCGUGUUUCAGUUCGCAAGCUUGAGUUCCAUUGAUCAAAACCACCAAGAACACAAUCCUUCCUUGAAUUCACCAUCAACAUUUAGUAACGGUUGUUUUCAGUCAUCUAGUACUAAUGGUUUUAAUUACAGUGGAGAUUCUGCGAGUGUUGAAAGUUCUUCACCGUGGCAAGCACCUAAUACAAUUACAAGCGAUUUCAUGAAUUCAUCGUCAAUCAAUUGGAGUUGGGAGGAUCUUAAUACAUUGGUAUCGACAGAUUUGAAACAGCCAUGGGAAAAUGAACAAACAAUAAUCUUUUGCAUAUCUGAUUUACUUAAAGAACAUGACUCGAUUUUACUAUUAUUACUAUUUGUAGUUGUAGACCCUCUCCUCUGACUGCAUUGUUACUAUUAGUUUUUCCCUCGUUAAAUGUGGGUCUUGCUGGAUUCAAGCUACAUGGGAUUACCAAAUGGGAUGAUGGAUUUGGUAACCCUUGUAGGGCCGUUGCAAGCUUUGAUGCAAAAGUAAGUCUAGACUCUAAAGCAAAAGACAGGUAGGUUGCAUCUUGCAUGUAUUGAGAGAGAGAGAGAAAGUCCUCUUCUCUGACUGUGGAUGGUCCAAAGAACAUACAUCCCAUGCAACUUUGCAGAAUUGUUACUUACUAAGAAGGAAAGCACACACAAAAACUUAUCUUUACAUAUCUUAUCC